AUGGACGCUUUACAUAGUAAACCUCCGUCUAAGAGGCCGCUGGUCAUCACGGCCGUCGCGGCUUUCGUGACAUUCCUCUUGUUUUGGAAUGUAUUCCUGAAGCCUGAAGAACUUCCCCUUGUGACCAAGGCUGUGGUCACUGUAUCCGGUGACUCGCAAGUAACGGGCAUGAUCACCUUCACCCAAUCAACCAAAUCCGGUGCCGUUACCAUCAAGGGCGAGCUAAAGGGCUUAGAUCCCCUCGCCAAGCGUGGCUUCCACAUUCACCACUCCGGUGACGUAUCCUCUUGCGCCGCCGCAGGCUCGCAUUUCAACCCGUUUUCCACCACACACGGGGCCCCUACCGAUCCGUCUAGCAAGCGGCACGUAGGGGACCUGGGCAACAUCGAGAGCGACCGGAACGGCGUUGCCGUGUUCGAAUUCCAAGACAAAUUAAUUUCCCUCAAUGGUCCCUUGAGCAUCGUCGGGCGUGCGGUGGUUGUGCACGCUGGUACAGACGACCUUGGCCGGGGUGGUAAUGACGAUUCUCUCAAGACAGGUAAUGCCGGUGGUCGCUCUGCCUGUGGUGUCAUCGGUAUAGCCUAGUAAGCGCGCUUGAGAAAUGGCGGAAGCAUAUGUAAAGUGAUUACUACAUAGUGUAAGUAGUCCCGAAAUUCGGUCCUCGGAAUGAAGUUAGCCUCGUAUUUCUUUUCAAAAAAUGUUUGCUUCAGAUCAAACGC